GGUCGGUUUUCCGGUCCGAAUCACUUCCUCUCGUUGUCGACGAUCCCACGAUAAUCCUUGAUAUCAGAAUACUCGAAACAACAUUCAAUAAAACACCAGUUCUCGCCGCGGCAAAAGUUCACAGCGUUGGCACAACAGCACGCGCGAAAGCGAGUUAAAAAUUUAAACUCGAAGGAACUAGGAGUCGCCUCGACGCAUCCUCGUACACGUGCGCGCGAUAACUGAAAGACAUUUGAGUGUCUUUCGAAACACGCAAAAAUUCGAGUGAGGGUACACGCACUGUUUUUUGCACUUCGAGCGAAGGACAACGAAAAAUCACGCGAUUAACGACAAUCGAGGAAUCAAUCGUAUUAAUGUUAUGCCAACGAAGGAAACAUUGCUUGCGAAAUGCAACACAGACUGUUUUUAAAAAAAACUGAUUAUUUAUAAUUUUAAAUAAACAUUUAAAUACAAUGAAAUUGAAACGAAAUAAUAUGUGGAUAAAUGUCACAAAAUAAUAAUAAAGAUAUUCGCUUUAUUCGAUUUAUCGAUAUUAAAAUCUCAUUUCAUACUUAUACUAUCGAGUGUACGAUCUAAUCGAUAUAAUGGUUAUCGAUUCUCGUGAACAAUCUUGAAUCUUUGACACUCUGUGUAGCAUUCCGCCAACAAUACGCGAGAAUUAAUAUUAACGCUUUCGUGGAUAUAACGCGCACCGUUUCAUGGAGAACCACGCUUUGCAAUCUGCGAUAAGACAUUUGAAACUCGCCGACUUCAGUACUGUAGUUCGCGCCUGCGCCGCAAUAUUUUGUUCGUCCGCAUACCCUACAACACACGUGGUAUCCUUGGAAGCACCGCCCUCUUCAUCUUCUCGCGAGGUUAUGUGAUGUACUGUGCUAAAAUAUUGUUAUAAUAAAACUCUCUAUGGACAUCCCUGCAGUGAGAAUAUAACAAAAAUAUAUUUUAAUUGUCAACUGAAUCAUAACAAUUAAGAAUGGCUUCUGAUAAAUCUGGAAAUACAAGUAAUUCACUUCCAUUAAAUGUUAAAAUAAAGGUAGAACCUGGAACAUCAAUGCCUGUACCUAUAAAAAAUAUUAAAACAGAACCUGGCUUAUCAAGUACAACUAGAUUAACUUCUUUUCGUUUACCAAGAGAUUUAACUUUGGGAGGUAAUAUUAAGACUGAGAAACCCAAGAAAGUAUAUACACCAAAUUUGAAUGUUCAGAGAACAAAGAAAAAGGAAGAUGCAGUACAAAAUGAUGCUCCAAAAUCAAGUAGAAGUAAAGAUUACAUUAAGGGACGAGGUAGAGGGAAUACUGAUAGAGGAUCUGAUAGAGGACGCGGAAGAGGAUCUAGCAAUUUAAUUCAAUCUAGUGGUAUCUGGUCUACUGGAAUAACAAGUACUGCAGGCAAACGUUAUAGUAGUGGAUCUAGAGAUAGCGAUAGAAGUUCUCAAGUAUAUCUUGAAAAACCAAAAUUAGAUUUGAAUCGUAGUUUUAAUAAAGCUGAGGAAGAAGAAAAGAUAAAGUUACUACUUAGAGACGAUUUUAUUGAUGAUGGAGAACCUAUAAAUCUUAGUAAUGCUCCUGUUGUAUUACCAAUGAUAAAAGAAGCAAAACCAUGUAAAGAAGAAAUAAAAAUUAAAAAAGAAGUAAUAGAAGAAGAAGUAGACAGAAAACCGAUUAUUUUAGAAAAUGGAGAGGUAUUAUCACCAAAGAAGGAAUCUAAAUGUAAAAUAUCCAAAUCUGAUAAAGAUAUAAAAGACGAAUUUUUAGAUAGCAUUCCCAAAAUUAUUAAUAAUAAAAUUCAUUCUUAUAUCUUAAUGCAGUUUCCAGACUGUUUGCCAGGUUUAGUAAGCAGUGCAGAAGACACUAAACCAAAUCGUUCAAAUUACGAAAAAGAGGAUGAAAAUAAAUCGGAAACGGAAUUUUGUACUUUAAAUAGUUUAAAACCUGGUAUUUUAGGCAAAUUACAAAUUCUAAAAUCGGGUAAAGCACGUUUAUUAUUGGGAGAAAAUAAUUUAAUCGUUGAUGUAGGAUCACAUCUUAGUUUUCGACAAGAUCUCAUUGCAACAAAAGUGGAUACCGAAAAUUUAAACGGCGAUUUAAUUAAUUUAGGACCAGUAAAUAGUACGCUUAUAUGUUCUCCUGAUUGGGAAUCAAUGUUGGCCAAAUUAUAAAUACGUUUAUAAUAUGAACAGAUUUAUUAAAUGUUCUUUAUUAUGUAGAACACAUAAGAAUAUGUGAUGAUUAUUUAUAUAUUAUGUAAAAUACAAAAUACGCUUUUUUUUGAAAA